AUGGAGGUGUCUCGCGUGUCGUCGCCGCCGCCGCCGCGCGCGCGGCCCGGCCGCUACUGGAAGUACAGCCACUCGGCCGUGAGCCUGCCGCGGCUGCUGCAGGAGCGCGAGCUGCGCGGCAACGCGCGCGUGAUCGACGCGGCGUGCCAGGGCCACGGCAGCCUGGUGCGGCGCCUGCAGUGCGAGUCCGUGCUGCGCGGCCACUCGGGCUGCGUCAACACGCUGCAGUGGAACGAGAGCGGGCGGCUGCUGGCCUCGGGCUCGGACGACACGCAGGUGGUGAUCUGGAGCUACGAGCAGCACAAGCAGGCGCAGGUCAUCGACUCGGGCCACCGCCUCAACAUCUUCGCCGUGUGCUUCGUGCCCGGCACGGACGACCACGUGCUGGCCACGGGCGCCAUGGACAGCGACGUGCGCGUGCACUACGCGCCCUUCCGCGCGGACUCGACCAAGCUCUUCCGCGUGCACCGCGACCGCGUCAAGGACAUUGGCACGUCCUGGGCCGUGCCCAAGGUCUUCUGGACCGCGGCGGAGGACGGCCUCGUGUUCCAGUUCGACCUGCGCGCGCUGCCCAAGAGCGGCGGCACCUGCGACACGGCGGACGCCUCGGGCGUGCUCAUCAACCUGGGCAAGGACAGGAAGGGGCGCGUGCUCAGGGGAAUGGGCAUGACCACGCACCCGCUGGACCCGACCAAGGUGGUGCUGGCCUGCGGGGACUUCUACACCAGACUCUACGACCGCCGCAUGCUCCGAGUGCAGCAGCACAUCUCCUCUGCGCGGAGUGCGGGCGCGACGCUGCCCGUGGAGGUGUUCGCACCCCCGCACUUGCACUUGGACGCGUAUUGCAGCAGCAGGGAGCAGCGAUUCCACGAUAAAAGCCACGGGACCAGCAUCCAGUUCAGCAGUGACGGGUCCGAGAUCCUCGCGAACUACCAUAACGACCAUAUUUAUUUGUUCAAGGUGGGCUCGAAGGAGAUGGUGGUGUUCAGCAAGGACAACAAGACGGAGCCGCAGAUCCAGCCCAUAUCGUGGCUGAAUGGCGCGCGCAUGGAUGAACCAGAUCUGCCCGUGGACCUGCAUUUGGAAGGAGUGCAGAUGCUGCACGAGCAAGGGAAAGAGGCGCUUAUGAGUGACCAAUACACGCGCGCGCUGAAGUCGCUGAAUGUGGCGUGUGGUGCUCGAGGUGUGGUGGAAAUGACCGCGACACAACGCAAAGAACUGCACCACGACUGCGCGAAGGCGUAUCUAGGGAGACUGUGGAAUGCAGAUGGGUAUCUGGCGGCGGUGCAGUGCAAGAAGGCGCUGGAGCUCGAUCCAAAUGACCGCGAGGUUGAAUUGACUUACAUCCGUGCGCUAAGCGCAGGGAAGCGAGAGCCACAGGCGAAAUGGCAGGCGCAGCGAUACAAGGAAAAGUAUCCAGAUCACGAGAAAGACGUUGCGCCGUUCUUGAAUGGGACUGCAUCGCCUGCCCGAGGUGCGCGGGCAGCUCAGCGCACCUUCCGGGUGUCGCAAUCGUCUGAUGAAGAGGAGUCGAGCAGCAGUAGUGAGGAAGAGCAACCUACUGGGAACCAGAAUGAUCAUGCUGGAGAUGGUCUGCCCGACGACGAUGACGGAUUCUGGGAGGGUAAGUUGGUGAACAGCACGCCAGUGAACUGUGACGUGCUUCGUCGCUACAUUGGAUACUGCAACGUGCAAACGGACAUCAAGGAGGCUUCAUUCUUUGGCAAAAAUGACGCCUACAUCAUCGCGGGGAGUGACGAUGGACGCGCACUGGUGUGGGACAAGGCGACGGGAGAGCUGGUGAACGCUAUUGAAGCGGACGCGGAUAUCGUGAACUGUGUUCAGCCGCAUCCUUUUGAUGCUUGCUUGGCGACAAGUGGCAUCGAGCAUGUAAUCCGUUUGUGGACCCCGACCAGCGAAAAGGAAACCACCCCAAGCGAAGCAGAGCUGGAGGAAAUCUUGACGAAGAACCAGGAACAAAUGGAUAAUGUUGCGGAGUCGUUUGAGGGGGCCAUGCACAAUAUGGUUCGCCUGGUGUUUCAAGCUGGAGGAGAUCACCAGGCUAUCCAGGAGUGCGCGACGAGCUGAAUUGCGGCGAAGAAGUAUGUGUAUAUGAGCAAGGUUGGCGCUUGUGCGCUCUAGUGAAGUCCCAAAGAAUGAUCAGGAGCCACCUCUUUUUUAUUUGCCGUAAGCGU